AAUCAUUGAAUCAUACAUGACCUCAACCGUAAUUGGGUCUAAACUGUGGCAACAAAAAGUAAGCUCAAUAAGCUGCGUGUAGACCAACACUAACAGAGUCAACCAAUUUCCUUUCCCCGAAUCAAAUAUGACUUCCUCCACCACCAGAAACCAAUAUAGGGUUAAUCCCUACAGAACAAGGAUGUAUGAUGUGUUCAUCAGUGUCAGUCGCCAACACCCUCAUCGUCAACACUUCGCUUCACGCCUCUGUGGCGCUCUCAUAGAUGCUGGGGUACAUGUUUGUGACGAGAUACUUCUUAGAACAGGAGACUUUGUCUUUUCCCAGAGUGUGGGUGUACCGGCCGGAAUCGAAGGUUCCAGAGUUUCUGUCAUCAUCUUCACAAAAGAAUACUUGGAUUCAGCAUGGUGUUUCCAAGAGCUACUGAAAAUUAUGGAGUGUCGAAGUAGCAAGGCUCAGGUGGUUGUUCCAGUGUUCUGCGGUGUAGAUCCGUCAGAAGUAAGGGAUUAUUCUGGUCACUUUGGAAGAGUUAUGACUUCUCUUGAUGGAAAAUCAACACCGCGGCCGUGCCAUGUUACCACGCUUCAAGAAGCCGCUGACAUUUCACCAAGUUUUGUGACAGUUUCCGGGAAGGAAAUGGAAUCUAUCAAGAGUAUUGUUGAACAUGUUGCUUUUUUAAUAGAUUCAAGAGACCUAUUUGUUGCACAGCAUCCUGUGGGAAUUAAAUCUCGUGUGCAAGAUUUAAUUCAAAUAUUAAACAUUCAUGAGAAACCAAAUGAUGUUCUUGUACUAGGGAUUUGGGGAAUGGGAGGAGCUGGUAAGACAACAAUUGCCAAAGCUCUCUACAAUAAAAUUCGUCGUAAGUUUGAAGUGAGAAAAUUCAUCCCAGAUAUUAGCGAUAGAAUGGAGCAAAAUGAAAUGGAUUCUUUGGCAUCUUUACGAGAUGAGAUUCUUCAUUGCAUGAACCGAAAGAAAGCACUUCUUAUACUUGACAAUGUGGGAAGCAACAAAGAAUUAGAGAAUUUGCUUGUAAGUCAUACAUUGUUUGGUCCUGGUAGCAUAAUAAUCAUCACAACUAGGAAUAAGCAACCACUUUAUCUGGUUAGAGUUGACCAUAUAUAUAGAGUGAAAGAAAUGGACUACAACGAAUGCGUUGAGCUUUUUAGUUGGUGUGCAUUCAAGAAAGCAACUCCUAGAAGAACAUUUGCUGGGCUUAUUAAGGAAGUAGUUGAAUAUUCUGAUGGAUUGCCAUUGGCUAUUGUAGCUUUUGGCUGUGUUUUAAGUGGAAGAAAUAUAGCAGAGUGGGGGAUUGUAUUGGAUAGGGUCAAGAUAUUUCCCAUUCAAGAUGUCCAAGAGGUGUUAAAAAUAAGCAUUAAUCGUUUGGAUCACAAAGAGAAACAAGUAUUUCUUGAGAUAGCUUAUUUCAGUCAUGCGUUUAGUGGAAUGUCGCGAAAAGAUGCAAUGCAGAUAUUAAAUGGGUCUGAAGGAAUUUUGGGGCUUGAACGCCAGAGUCUAGUGACGUUUGAGGAGAACAAGCUUCGCAUGCAUCCGUUGCUACAAGAGAUAGGAAGAGAAAUCUAUCAGAAGGAAUCAUCUUCAUUUAAUCCUCAGCGAAAGGUAUAUGAUGUAUUCUUGAGCUUUCGUGGUACAGACACUCGUUCCACGUUCACCUCACAUCUUCACGCAUCUCUUGAAAAUGCUGGCAUUUAUGUUUUUAAGGAUGAUGAUGGACUUCUAAGAGGAGAGCAGGUCUCAAUCUCACUUCUAAAAGCAAUUGAAGAGUCUAAAAUUUCAAUCAUUAUUUUGUCACCAAAUUACCCCAAUUCAAAAUGGUGUUUGAAAGAGCUGGAGACCAUUAUGCUGUAUCAUAAAAACAAAGCUCAAAAGGUGUUGCCAGUGUUCUAUGGUGUAGAUCCCUCGGAAGUGCGCAAUCAAACAGGAGAGUUUGGACGAGCUUUUAAAGUUCUAAUAGAAAGAAUCCAAAAGAAUAGAGACAAUGAGCAGAGUUGGAGAGCAGCACUCAAACAAGUUGGUUGCAUCUCAGGGUUUGUCAUUCAACAAUCAAGAAACGAAAGUGAGGCUAUUAAGAACAUAAUUGAACAAGUCACUCGGAUGCUAGACAUGAAGGACCUGUUUGUUGCUAACCAUCCAGUAGGAGUAGAACUUCGGGUUGAAGAGGUGAUUAAAAUGUUGAGGAAUCAAAACACAAAAGAUCCUCUAUUAUUAGGGAUAUGGGGCAUGGGAGGGAUCGGUAAAACAACUAUUGCCAAAGCAGUUUAUAACAAAAUUUGUCGUGAAUUCGAGGGUCGAUGCUUCCUCUUAAAUAUCAGGGAAGUUUGGGAUCAAGAUAAUGGCGGAGUUCAUUUACAGGAACAACUUCUCUCCAGUAUAUACCAAACAAUGAAACUAAAGAUACAAAACGUGGAAUCUGGAAAAGUGAUAUUAGAGGAAAGACUUGGCCAAAAGAAGAUACUUGUUGUACUUGAUGACGUGGACAAAUUGGAGCAACUAAAUGCUUUGGCUGCAAAUCGUAAAUGGUUCUGCCCAGGGAGUGUAAUAAUCAUCACAACAAGGGAUCAACGUCUUCUUAAUUGGCUUCGAGUUGACAAGGUAUAUAGGCUGGAAAAGUUGAGUGACAGAGAAUCUGUCGAACUUUUUAGUUGGCAUGCAUUUAAGGAACCAUUUCCUAUUGAAGAAUUUGUCGGGUUUACAAGUAAAGUGGUCUCCUACUGUGGGAGAUUACCGUUAGCACUUGAGGUUCUUGGAUCACAUUUGUUUAAAAGGGGAAUACAAGAGUGGAUAAGUGUUUUGGAGAAACUCAAAAACAUUCCCAAUGAGCAAAUACAAAAGAAGCUGAAAAUAAGCUUUGAUGGUUUAAACGAUGACGAAGAUCGGGAAAUAUUCCUUGAUAUAGCUUUUUUCUUUAUCGGAAUGGACAAAGACGAAGUAAUUGAUAUAUUGAAUGGCUGUGGAUAUUCUACUGAAAUUGGGAUCAGUGUUCUCAGGGAACGAUCUCUUGUAACAAUUGACUCUAAGAACAAACUUAGAAUGCAUUAUUUGUUGCGAGAUAUGGGAAGAGAAAUCAUUCGUGAGAAUCUACCUUUACCCGAAGAACGCAGUAGAUUAUGGAAUCCAGAAGAAGUUCUUGAUGUCUUAUCAAAAGACAUGGGAACAAAAGCUAUUCAGGGACUUGCUUUGAAGUUGUCAAGGAUGAAACCAAUUCAUUUGAAGACCAAUGCUUUUAGGAAGAUGAAGAGACUAAGAUUGCUUCAACUUGGUGGUGUACAACUCGAUGGAGACUUUAAAUACCUCUCAACCGAUCUUCGAUGGUUGUCCUGGCAUGGAUGUUCUUCAGAAUAUACAACUAUAGGUUUUGAUCAGGGAAAUUUAGUUGCCAUUGACUUCAAAUAUAGCAAUCUCCAGCUAGUAUGGAAGAAGAGGCAGAUGCUAAUGAAGUUGGAAAUUCUCAAUCUUAGUCAUUCUCAAUAUUUGACAGAAACUCCUGACUUUUCAAACAUUCCUAAUCUUAAAAAGUUAAUACUCAAAUAUUGUUCAAGGCUAUCUUUGGUUUCCCAUACCAUUGGAGAUCUUAAAAAAAUUCUUCUAGUCAAUCUGAAAGGUUGCACAAGCCUUCGUAUACUUCCAAGAAGCAUCUACAAGUUGAAAUUUCUGAAAACUCUCAUUCUUUCUGGAUGUUCAGAAAUUAACAAGUUGGAAGAGGAUUUAGAACAGAUGGAAUCUUUGACAACUUUGAUGGCCAAUAAAACUGCUAUAACACAAGUGCCAAAUGCAUUGAUAAGAUUGAAAAGCAUUGUAUAUGUUUCUUUGUGUGGCUUUGAAGGAUUGUCCCGUGAUGUGUUUCCUUCAAUCAUUUGGUCAUGGACCUCCCCAACAAAUAACCUCUCACCCCAAAUGCAAACAUAUGCAAAUGUUUCAUGUCUUGUUUCUUUAACUGUGCCAAAUAAUAGCUUCCAUGGUACAUCAUCCAUUAUCGGAGAGCUCCCAAAUAUUCAGGGUAUCAGGUUAGAAAGCGGUUCACAAAUACAAACAACCGGAGAUUUUACCUUGGAUGCCAUCAAUAUAAAAAAUUGUAAGGAACUGGAAGCACCACCAGCCAUAUCACAUGUUUUAAAAAUGGAUACCUCAGCCUUAGUUGAUUGUCGCAGUCAAGGUGACAUGUCUAUAUCAAAAGCUACCAUCAGUUUCAUUUUAAUUCAAAUGGUAACGAACUGUCCGGUCACAAAAAUACUCAGAGAAAGCAUUUCACAGAAACUGGCUGCCAGUACCAGUGAUGUGGGAGAAUGUUUGCUCCCUGGUGACAACAAUACUGAUUGGUUAAGUUUCAAUGGUGAAGGUUCUUCUGUGAUUUUCGAAGUCCCUAAAGUGAAAGGGCAUAAUUUGAAGGCAGUGACAUUGUGCAUUGUUUAUUCCUCCCCAGAUAUCAUGACAUAUGAAGGCCUAAUUCUUAAAAAUCUGUUGAUCAUUAAUCACACAAAGACCACUCCUUAUCUAUAUGAGGGAGAUACCUUGCUUUCACUUAGAGAUGAAGAUUGGCAGAAUGUCAUAUCAAAUCUUGAAGCUGGUGACAAAGUUCAGGAGGUUGUUGUUUUGGGGGAUGGAAUCGUUGCGAAGAACACUGCAGUUUACCUCAUUCAUGAUGAGUCGAUCGACCAAAACAUUGAUGAAUGCCAAGAAGAUGUCAUUGUGAAUAGCAUGGUUGUUGGUAAGAAAGAAGAUGCUUCUAAUGUUGAUGAUAUGAGAGAUAAGAAUUUCAGUGUCCCUGCUGUUGAUGCUACACCUGCAAUCAGUAAUAAGAUUCCUGUUUCCGGCACAGAUAAAAAAUUCAAGUUGUUGGACAAAUUGAAUUGCUUCAACUGCAACAGAGCAAAAUUGUAACAACUUAAGAUCUAAUUUUCAAGGUAUGAUAUGAUGGCCUUCCUAUGCUGCUUUACUUCCCAGUUAGGCAAAAUUGUAAUCUAGUCUGGGUUUUCCUCGGGCUCCUUGCCUCAGCCCUGCUGCGCGUACAGCGCGGUUCUUGUGUCAUGGAUUUUUGCUAUGAAUCUCACAAGAAGUAAAUAAACAAGCUGUAGUUUAAAAUGAGAACGAUAAUGAUGAUUUCAGGUGUCUUAUCUGCACAAGAAACUAUAUCUCCACCUUCUCUAUCCAGAUGGAGCUCGUUACUUGUAUCUUGGCCUUCAUGAAUCUAAUUCAGAAAAGACUUAAUGUGGGUUUGUGCUUAUUUAACUAUUUGAUUGCUGCAUUUUAUUUUCUAAACCAUGAACUUUUUUUUUUCUGCACUUGUAUUUAGGUUGACAUUGGCAUCAUGAAAAAGGCUGGUGAAUGGAUGUAAUAAGCAUUGAAAGGAUGUACGGCAUUUUUGGAAUGCAAAGAGUAAAGGGGCAGCUGAACAGAGUAUGAUGUUGGUGAGCACGACGACAAAUGUGGUGUUAAUUCUUCAUACAUUAUAUAUAGAGAGCGUCGAACAUAAUCUAAACGUAGAAUAGUAAAACGCUAUAAAUAUCAGAGAUCAGCAGAGUCUCCUUUAUACUCCUUAUUAUGUAGAACUUAAUCUUCAGAGUGGAAAAGUUUAGACUAUUAAUCAGAGAUGGCUUGAGCAACAUUUUUUUAUUCUCCCAUUAAAGCGUACUACUUAAUAGCAUCCUAAAAGUUAAGUGCACCUCUUGUUGCAACUUAUCUGGAACCAAUACUUACAUCCCUGUCAUCAAUUUCACAUUAUAUAAACAGCUUGUGUAAAGUUGGGUAUUAGAAAAACUGAUAGACUUAAAUUUAAGUUGGUAUCACAAGUGAUAAACUAAAACCAUAUAAUGAGUUAGAUUUAAUAGAAAGCAAUAAGCAGAAAAUUUAACUAAAACCUUUACGAGCAUCGUGCAUUGAAAUGUUGUUUUGGGAAAAGUAUGUGCAGAAAUUUUUUUUAAAAAAUGAUCCCGAGGUUAGAAGGAAAACAUAUAAUUUUAGAUCUAGGCCACAAAUUAAAUUUUAUCUUUCUUAGCCUACACUUACAACUUCAACUUAAAUUGACAAGUGACAAUACUCCUUGAUAAUCAUACUCUCUGGAAUUUUCGUUUUCCAAGUGACUUCAAAUUUUUCUGAAAAUAAGAUAUGAGCAUUAGUUUUACACAGAAUCAGCAGAGAAAAUGAACAAAAUAAGUACAAAAACAUAGAGAAAGUAAAAGCGGAGAGAACUAAUGUGUAAUUGAAUAUGAAGUUUCAACAAUUACAUACUUCUUUAUAGUAUAGGCGAGUGUGAGCAUAUUAUAUAAGGUGGCAAAAUGAAUAAAUGUACUUUUACAUUUUUAAUGACAGCAGAAAAGACUUUCUACAAGUUGAUCAUUUCAGCAGCAGUUAAUUUGAAGUUCAAAAUAAUAUCAGCACUCCCAAGAUAAACUUAAAGGUAGUAACAUAAAAUAUAGGAGUCAAAUAAAAAUGCAAAUAUCAACCAAGUCCUUAAAGUGCAAUUUUGCUUUAAAAACUCUAUCAAAUUUAGCCUGCAACAUAACAUGGACGAAAUAAAUUUUAUACUUUAAAAUAAUGUUCGUAGAUACUUAGACAAUUAGCACUUACAUUGUUAUCGCCACCAUGAACAGUGAAAUUUGCAUAUGCUACCAUAUCGUCAGCACAAACAAUACCUUCAGCUUGUUGAUCUGCAUAUACGAGAUAAACUGCUAUCUUCUUCACUGUGAAUCCUAACCCCGCAACAACAACAAUCUGCACUUUGUCACCGGCUUCAAGGAUUGAUGUUACCUUCUGCCACUCCUCAUCUUUAAGUGAAGCCAGUGUAUCUCCAUCAUAGACAUAAGGGGUGGUUUUUGUGUGAUUUAUGAUAAACAGAUUUUUGACAAUAUGGGCUUCUGACGGUACAUUUUUUGGGGAAGAAGAAUAGACUAUACACAACAACACUGUCUUUAACCUACGCCCAUUCACUUGAGGGACAUGGAAAGUUACAGAAGAAUCUUCGCUACUGUAUGCUAACCAAUCAGGAUUCUUGUUGCCAGGAAGCAAACAAUCUCCAGGUACUCUGGGACUAAAUUUCUG